CCCAGCCGCGCCUGGGAGUCUUCCCACUGCCGCUCGCUACAGGUCCAAUCCUGAGUCUGGGUGUUAAGUUGAGAAACUUGGGCUGUGUAGCUGGGGGGCCGGGCACCAGUGAGCAGCAGAGCGCCAGUCACAGCAGCAGCAGCAGCCCUGAGGAUCGCCUCCGCGGGCCACUCACUGAGUUUGGCCGCGACAAGGCUCAGCGAGGAGCCGGGGUGGCCCUUGCAGACCUCUCCCGAGAGAGCACGAUGGCCCUGUCCUCACCUGUAGGGCUAGACUGCUGCACCUGCUGCCUGGACCUGGCCAGCCGCAGCGGCCAGGAGGACGGGGGCAGCGCCGAUGGCAGCGGCGGCAGCGGCGGCGGCGGCGCCGGCGGCGGGAGCAGCGGCUCCCUGGCCAGCCCCAGCGUGAGCAACUUUCGGCAGCUGCGGGAACAGCUGCUGUUCGCGAACCUGAACGCCGACAAGCUGAACAGAAUCAUGCGGCAGGACUCCCUGGAGCCGGUGGUCCGCGACCCCUGCUACCUGCUCAACGAGGGCAUCUGUAACCGCAACAUCGACCAGACCAUGCUGUCCAUUCUGCUGUUCUUCCACAGUGCCUCCGGAGCCACCGUGGUGGCCAUAGACAACAAGAUCGAGCAGGCCAUGGACCUAGUGAAAAAUCACCUGAUGUAUGCCGUCCGGGAGGAGGUGGAGAUUCUGAAAGAACAAAUCAAGGAGUUGGUGGAGAAGAACUCCCAGCUGGAGCGUGAGAACAGCCUCCUGAAAACCCUGGCCAGUCCUGAGCAGUUGGAGAAAUUAGAGUCUCAGCUGAGCCCCGAGACCACUCCGGAUGCUUCUGCCACUGUCGCCACCGAUGGCACCGACACCGUCACCGCUGCUGCCGAUGCUGCAAGCUUGCCUGAGGAGGAUGCAGGCUCUGCCGUGUAAGUGGCUCUGUCCUGGGGGUGGGCAGAGCCACUGAACUUUUUUCUACCUAGCUCCUUAAGAAUAUGAUUUUUUUCAUCAUCCCAAAGUAUCAUCUCACACAGAGAGUUGUCCAGCUAGCAUCGGCUGGUGCUGAGAUGUUCGAAGGGCAGCCCCUCGUGGGCCCUCUGAAGAAAGAGCUCUUUUUGGAAGUUGAGUCACACUAAGAGAUGAUAACCCCAGCUCACACCCACUGGCCCCGGGACGACCAAGGCGUGCACCUUGGCUAUUCCUGAAAUCCGAUCAGGGUUGUACGCAUUGUUGUUGUGGUUUUUUUGGUUGUUGUUUUUUUUUCCGUUUGUUUUGUUUUGUUUUUUAACAAAAUCUGUUUUUAAAUGGAAACCAGCAGCAGUUAAGAGAGGGUCAGGCCUGCUUCAGCUGAAUGGCCCCUAGUGGUUUUCGUAGCGAGUUCUGCUUUUUUCUCUGUGGUAGCAGCUCUGUGGCAACAGCCGGGGCCCACUUUUUGACACCCAUUCUAAUACCUUCAAGACUGGGUCUUUACUUGUUCAAAUGUAGACGGAAAUUUCAAUAAACUUUUCUAAAUAGAAAA